AUGGUGCCGCCGGACGCGUCGAAGCCCGCGCCGGGGUGGUUGCAACCGCUCAUCGGCUUGGCGGAGCCGGCGGGAGAAUCGGCGACGAUCGUCGGGUACUCGCUCGCCAUCGUCACGGCGUUGCUCGUGACUAUCGUCCUCGCGGUGUUGCACUUUCCGGGAUUGUUUGACGUUAUGGUGUUUUUCGGGACGUCGGCGUACGCGUGCUGGCAGUUGGGACCGUACUUGGAUAAAAUCGUCGCCGACGUGGAGGCGCAAUACAACGACAAGUACGGCGGCGACGAGUGA